UAUAAAUAAAAGUGGAUUCGUUCAAUUGACUCGAUUCAGUGCUAUAGGAAAUAUCUGAGAGACAACAUCGAAUUUUUGGAAAGAAGAUAAAUAAGGAUGAAGCUUUAUUUGGUGGCUGUCGUUUUAUUUGUGGCAUUGGCUAGCCUAAUCGAAGCUACCCCCGCAAAAAACAGAAAUCCACCAUGCAUUAAAAUCUGCACAGACGACUACACUCCUGUAUGCGCUGGUGUUGAUGGUGAAAAACCGAUAUCAUUUGGAAAUGAAUGCGUUAUGAGGAAUUAUAACUGUGAACAACACAAAGAAUUGAAAAAGAUCAGUGAAGGUGAAUGCCCAGGAGGUGGUGGCGUACGACUACAAUAAAAUUAUUCUUAUACAUAUCGUUAUACAAUAUAUAUAAUAAAUAAAAGAUAACAAAUGCAAAAAAGUGUUUUAUUCUU